AUGGCUUCUACUUCCGGUCGCAGCUCAUCAGCCUCUGGCCGUUCCCAAUCGGCAAAGGGUGUGCCCGAUAAACAAAUCUCUCAAAUCGAAAAGAGUGUUACCCACCUUCUUGUCGCAACUAAACAACUACUUGAAACUUUGACUCAGUGGUCUCGAAAACAAGCCUCCGAAACUGACGUGUCCGAUGUCUAUGUCCGCCUCGGUUACGAGUUUAAUUUGGCCUGUCGCGCUUUCAAUGCCAUCGGCGUCGAGACUGCCGACCUAGGCCCCGUUCCAGACGUUCUGCGCACAAUUCUAGAGGACACGUUAAGUCAAGAUGCUUCUUCACAAAGUCUCGAUCGAUACCUUCCCCAAAUUCGCGAUAUUAUCAUCAACCUACUACAUGGCUUGAAGAAGAAGCAGGCACGUCUCCGGUCACGGAAUCAGCGCGAGGAUGGACGGGGGGGGCUUCCUGCUCGUCAAGCCAGUGCGGGAAGCAUAUCUAGCAGCAAUUCCACCAUUGGCCAACUUUACGAUGAAGCGGCGGCCUCUACCUUGCCUCAGUCAAACGUCCCGUCCCCCAGACGUCCAGCACGUCGGUACGGAAGCAAUGGAUCUUUAGAAGACGUCCAGGCGGCCAGUCGUACCUCACCGCCGAUACCAGGAGAUCCACGCAGCUACUCGGAACGAGACGCAUCAAGGCGGGAGGCCCAACAGGUGCUGAGCCAGCCACUCCAAGGGGAAUCGACCUCUCAAAACGCCCCGCCUUCAGCCCCUCCAGCUUUCCCGGCCCCGCCGCCACCUCCCAAGGAAGAUGACGCGCUAGGUGCUUUGCAGCGAAGUGGAGAACUAGAGCGACGAGCUUCCCGACGGUUCUCCGCAUACCAAAUCCAGAAGCAUCUGGGAACCUCAUCCAACGGGGUGCCAGUUCUACCGACUCAGAAUUCUCCCAUUCCCAACCGGGGGCGGGAUGUUCGCGAGUCUCUCAAUGCGGUCCGUCUUCGAGGAUCAUACGCCCACUCCCGGCAGCGGUCUUCAAAAAGUCUACAAGAAACUGCCAAGACUGCUCAACCACAACCAGGCAGCGUUCCCGAGGCGGUGGAGGAACGUAGCGAAUCAGCUAACCAAUUGGAAGAGGCACAAAACGAGGAAACCCCUCGACCCUUGGAUCAAAAGCCCGAGCUGCCAGCGAAGGAUCAUGUGGAGGCAUCUCAGGACCGAGAUACGCCGCCAACCUUCCCACGUCCGCCAAAGGGUCCUUCGCUCGAGGAAGCUUUCGAUCCCGAGAAGACUCCCGCCAAAGGCAAACGGCCAGAAACGCCAAAGAUAGCCCGCCUAGACCCAGCUGACAUUGCUACACCCCCUUCUAUUGCACAAUAUGCAGCAGAACAGCCUUCUCCAGGCAAAGAGUUGACCCUCUUCCUGCAGUACAAAAGCAAGAUCAAGAAGUAUGUACUGCCAGAAGGCAUCGCAGACCUGACCAUUGGGCGCCUGCAGCUGGCAUUCAUCGAAAAGUUUGCCUGGAACACUCACAAUAAUGGUGCGGAUUUACCUGAGAUCUACAUCCAAGAUCCGAUUUCUGGUAUCCGACAUGAAUUGGAAGAUUUGGCCGACGUCAAAGACCGUUCCGUUCUUGUAUUGAAUAUGGAUAGCCUAGACGAGGUCAAGAAGCAUUUUGAUGAGAGUUUUGGAAGUGUUCGUACUCUCGUGGAGGGUGUGAAGGAGGCACUGGCUGGCCAAGGGACCGUCAUUCAAUUGGUUCAAGCCCGUCAGCUUGAAGCGGCAAAGGAGAUGGCUCGCUUGGCUGCUGCUCCCCUAUCAUCUGUGCCUGUGACUCCCAGUACUGGCACCCCUAAGUCCCAGAUAUCUGCCAGCGGAAGCCAAAUUGCGGAAUUGCAAAGCUUGCGUCGCGAUCUGGCCGUCUUACGCCAGACCUACUCCAACUUCACAUCUGAUGUCACCAGUUCGAUGAGCGAAGUCCGUGCCAAAGCAAUCCAGGUCAAGACUGCUGCAGAACAUGUUGCCGUUCCCACCUAUGAGGGAGAUGCCGGCCGUGCGCGGGUCAGAAGUGGUAAGAAGGAGCUCAGCGAUGAAUCGGAACGUCUUGUUGCACGCGUGGACGAUCUCCAGGAUCUGGUCGAAGAUCUUCGGAAGGACGUGGUGACACGAGGAGUCCGGCCUCUUCCGAGACAGCUUGAGGGGGUUAGCCGCGAUAUCAGCAACGUCAUGAAAGAGAUCAAAAAGAUGCAGGACUUCCUUGGACGUGAGAAGCCCAUUUGGACCAAGAUUUGGGAGAAAGAGUUGCAGUUGGUCUGCGAAGAGCGGGAUCAGCUCACUAUGCAAGAAGAUCUUGCUGCCGAUUUGCAAGACGAUCUUGAGAAGGCGGCCCAGACCUUUGCUUUGGUGGAACAGGCAACCAAAGAACAGGCUAUGGAGAAGACCAAUGGCGGUGGCGUCGUUGGAGCGGUUUCAUUGCGGGCCCCCUCGCGUACCCUUGGAAUUGACCCUACUGUUGACCCCAUGAAGGCCAAGGAUGGUGUUUUGGGUGAGGUUCGUGCGCUACAACCCAACCACGAAAGCCGCCUCGAAGCUAUUGAGCGAGCCGAGAAGGCUCGCAAGAAGGAGCUUGAGACACGCCGCAUCGAUCUGUUCCAAAAGGAACUUGGUACCUUUGUCGAAGAGGGCAAGCUGAAGAAGAGCGGCGGUAUCGAGGAGGCCGAACGACUUCGCACUGCCAAGGAUGACCGUAUUCGCAAGGAAGUAUGGGAACGGCAGCAGGCUCGCAAUGCGGAGAUGGAGAGAGAGGAGGCUGAAGCUGCUGCCGCUGCCGCUGCUUUGGAAGAAAAAACCGAAGAAGAGACAGAAUCCAGUGAGCCGGCUCCAGAGGAAGACAGGGCGGAGUCUCCGAAGAAUGAGGAUGAUACUCCGGCAGAAGAGGAGGCCAGCCCUGAGAAGUCCACGGAGCCCGAGCAAGCCCCUGAAUCUGAAUCCGAAUCCGUCUAG